CGUCGGGCGGUCGGUGUUGAAACUCGUCACAGUCUAGCCUCUAUGCAGCUCCUAUUGUGUCUAUAUAAACCAUCCAUAGAUCGGCUCACCCAACAAUGCCCCCUUCUUAUACGUACUCCCUCAUUACCGAUACUGUUUGCCAUUCUUGUACGCAGUGACCCUCCAACAAUCAUUAUCAAUUGGGCACUUUAGUCUUACAGGGUAUUACUCGUAAGGACAGAAUUGAAAGGUCAGGCAGUACAGCAAAGACGUUGAGUCCGCCGUCAUUACACUUCCCAGUAGACAACAAUGACCCCGCCUACCAGACAUAGUGACAGCAACAGCUCGUCCCCUCAACAGCAACGGCGUUCUUCUAUGCCUAUUACUCCGAUCCAUUUCGCUGCAGGAUCUCCACACUACCGACAAUCUGCAUCUUCACAGUAUUUUACAACCCCUUAUCAGACGAUGGGGCGAACUUCUCGGUCAGUUUCCUUUAAUGGACCGUCGCAUGUUCGCCUGUACGAUGUGAUUGGGAACGAAUCGGUUGCCAAUCAACGGAUCAACCUGGCUGCAUUGCCACCUCAAUAUGCUAUGCAUAAUUCAAGCACAUCGCCUGGGCAUCGCAGCAUCAGUAACGUUGGUCUUCUCCCUCCUGCAUCUUUGUCGGAACUGCGUAAUCGCACUCAACAACUCAUUGAACGCUGUGGCAUUGUUAGUCGCCAUAACAGUACUCUCUCAUCUCUAGAGAUCACAAGGAGUCGUCCUCGCAUCACACCCGAUAAUAUAUCUUACUACAUGCAAGCUGACGACCGCGUUGUGCGUCGAGCCAUGGAACGCUUCGGUAUCCAUGAUUCAAAUUGUGCGGCUGCUGUUCAGCUGUCUGGAUUCUACGAGGGAGAGGCAAGUAAAGGCAUUCACGGCCAGACGCUUUUACCUUCCGAUACUGUUUGGUUUGGAGCGCCGAAUGUUACAGGGGGUCAAUCAAUCAGCGGCAUACGAAGUGAUUCGAGGAUGGCCAAUCACGAUUCACAUCAUCAACAUCAAGAGCUUGACCCCAGCGACCUUCAAUUCCCUUCGGAAACACUUUGGAUCGGGAACCUUGAUGUUCAGGUCGGCAAAGGUGUGAUUUAUGAGGCAUUUGAACAAUAUGGCCCAAUCGGCAGUAUAAGAGUUCUUCCUGAAAAGACAUGCGCUUUCGUAAAUUUUGUCAAACAAAGCAGUGCAAUUUUCGCCCAUGAAGAUGUGCUUCAUCGCCUAGGGGGUAUUCUACCUACUCUUUCCCGUACAGCGCCGGUUCUACUCGGAUUCGGUAAAAUGAAUGCUUCGCUCAAGCAAAAAAGGUCAGCAGUGCUAUCUCCUUUCGUACAAGGUGAGAUGACUUCGCCCCUUUAUCGAACAAUACCACCCAGUACUCCGCGAAUGAAGCAAGGGCCUGCAUCUCCGCUUCUGGCCACAAGAGCUAUCAAAAUCGCUAAAGUGCCAACUGAUAUCUCCUCCACGAAGUUGUCUCAGACUUUUUCGGUUUUCGGAUUUGUAGAAAACUCUCGGAUCUUACCUGGAAUGCGUCAUGGCUUCAUCAAUUUUGAAAGACUUGACUCUGCAGUCGCUGCUUACGAAGAGUUCAGUGGCAAAGAGAUUUUCGGUGCCCACUAUGGCCCGGUUCAAAUUGAUUUUGCGCGAGUUCCCACUCGAGCUCCAAGUUAUAUGACCUUUGACAUUACCUCUGACAUGGGCCUCACAAAUGCUCUCAAUCUUGUCAGCGGCGCUUCAACAGUUCCGAUGGAGCAACAGCUUUCUGAAGGGGGUAGUGGGGUGGAAAACUAUCGAAGUCCACUCCUACUGGAUCUUAUUAAGCAGGGGAUGCAUGAAAAGGUUCUAGAGAAGGAUUUGGGGGUAAAUGGAGCUGUCACAGAAGAGCAAAUGAUUAUGCAGGUUUUUGGCAGCGGAGAAGGUGGAGAAGGUGAUGACGAAGUGAGGGCAAAGGAAGGUUAUGGGAAAACUCAUUGGCAACUGAUCAUACCCGAAUUACACCCAUUGACAAUGGAGAUAUUUGACGCCAUCAAUCUUAAAACAAUCGCCCUCGAGUUGAGCCAAAGUCAUCUCUCAAUGGAACAUGUCGAUGAUAUAUGUCAGUCGUAUGCUGGCCAUUACGUACAGCUAUCAAUACACCCUCUCGGAAACACCGUUUUGCAGUACCUAUUCAGACUUGCUUCGCCCAAACAACGUCUUGCUAUUUUGAAAGGAAUAUCGCCUUACCUUGCUUAUGUAGGCAUUCAUCAUCAUGGUACUUGGGUGGCACAAACCCUUGUGGAUAGCUGCCGGACUGAAGAAGAACAACAAAUCAUAGUUGAGUCAUUUCGAGAGUGGGCACCAGCUCUUAUGUGCGACAAGAUCGGCAAUUACCUGUGUUCAGGCAUCAUGGAAUACGGCCCUGAGCUCAACAGCUUUAUAUUUGACGCCGCCGUGGACAAACUGCUGGCAAUAAUCUCAGAUCGAUAUGGAGCAAGGUGUCUGCUGAGGUGCUUGGAAAGCUCACAAGCCACCUUGUACCAAAAGAAACGUGUGGCAACGUCCAUCGUUCUUAAUUCCAUCCCCCUCGCCACAUGCUCAAAUGGAGCCCUCUUGCUGACAUGGCUCCUUGAUAGUUCCAACUUGCCGGGGCGCUACGAUCUGAUAUCUAAGCGAUUCCUUCCCCACCUUGGCCAUCUCUGUAACCAUAGAAUUGCAUCUCGCUCCAUUUUGAGAAUCAUUGCUCAAUCGAGUGAGCCAGAAGCAUCAAAAAGUGUUCUCAGGAGCAUAUUUUUGUCCAAAAAAUAUGAUUUCGUUCUUAGAAGUCUACUCUUCGAUUCACCUAGUGGGCCCCAGUUUAUCGGCAAGAUCCUUGCACUCAGUACCAUAUCGCCAGGCGACAGACUCGAAAUAGAAAAAGCCAUUAGCACAACUUUGUCGGCAAUGACGGCGAACUAUAGUCCAGAACAUCACGCACUGUUGGAUUCCAUUGCACGAACGAACUCAAGACUGAAUGUGGCGGGCAUUAAAGUAAGCAGAACCCUUUCCCAAUCUCCGUCCUUCACAAAUGCACCCCCUCUGCAACCAGCAAAACUGUCGUCACGGCAAGCUUGCAGCCAACUCCUGCCUUCAUUCCAGUUCAUAAGCUCUGAGACAAAAGGAUCUAGUCCCCCUUAUCACCCAUCUCUGUCAUGUGGGCCGCAAUCAUUUGCACAAGACAAAGCCGUAACAUCUCAGUCCCAAACAUCUCAAGAACCUUGGCAUGGCGUACCCCUUCAAGCUCUUUGCACACCGGAAUUCCGGCCGGUACGGAUCACUCGGCCCACAUCGGCAACCCCGCCCCCGACGAUCAGGCCCGAAAACGUGCCGCUUCCAGUUACGCCAUACGGAAAGUCUGACGCAGAGGAUGAACAAGAGUAGUCGACCCUCAAGGGCUGUCUGAUACCUAUAAGUGGAUGCAAGAUCUGAAAGCUCUGGGCGAGGACCGAGCGAUCUCUCAAGAAUACAAGGAUCCGGAAAAGGAUUUGAUGUUGGGAAAGGAGGGCCGAUCAGGCAGUGGUAUCCUUGAUAAGUCGCCGUAGGAGUUUUUUUGCUGUGACUAUUAUGCUUUUCCACCAGACUAUUAAACGAUAAAUAUAAUGGAUGAACGGCCACCCAUCGUCAAUUCUACUUUUGAUUUCAUUUCAUUGAUGCUGUAUAUAUCGUUGUUGUGACCCCAGGGUAAAGUUCAGGUUGUCAGUUCUUGUUUUGUUGCUGGCACUUGCCUAGCAGUAUGUAUGACAGUGUCUUGUCCAU